CACUUAUUCACUUGACGUCCCACAGAGUCCAAGUUCCAAGUUAUGAGUUUUUUCCUUCAUUUUGACUUUUAGAUAUUAGACGUGUCGUAUUUUUUGUUGCGUUUUUAAACAAAUUGAACUAAAAUGGGGUUAUUUACAUGUCUUUUUAAAUUGGCGUUGAAGAUAUUAAUAUAUUUUGCAGUAUUUAUAUCUGUUAUUCUCCUCAUUCCGAAUUUACCUCCAUAUACGAAGUUCACCGCUAUAAAGCUUGAACCUACACAGCCUAGAAGUGGAGCUUUAGCUCCUAAUGCAGCUCUUAAUAAUGCGGAUAAAUUAUUUACCAAUAAAUUAAUUGGACCUGAAUCAUUUAUAAUAUUUAAUGGUGAACUUUAUACUGGUCUUGCUACCGGUGAAGUUGUAAAAAUUUCACCUGGCGGUCAUAUUACUUUUGUUACGAAAAUAGGUCACCCUUGCACUGGCCUUACACAAGAACAUAUCUGUGGCCGUCCUCUUGGACUAGAGAUAGAUGAAAAGAAUAACUUAUUAUAUGUAGCAGAUGCAUACUAUGGUAUUUGGAAAGUAAAUCUCAAUAAUGAUAAGAAACAGCUACUUGUUUUGCCAAAUGAGGCAAUAAAUGACAGAUAUCCAAAAAUAUUUAAUGACAUUGCAUUAGACAAGAAUGGCAAUCUGUAUUGGACACAUUCAUCAAGUGAUUAUGACUUAAAGGAUGGUGCAAUGACACCACUUUCUGACCCAUCUGGGAGAUUGUCAUUUUACAAUUCAAAAACUAAUAGAAGCGAUGUGCUUCUUGAUGACCUCUGGUUUCCCAAUGGUGUAGUUCUAUCACCAGAUAAUCAAUUUGUAUUAGUGAGUGAAUCAAAUCGCUACAGGGUAGUUAAAUAUUACAUUAAUGGACCCAAGAAAGGAAAGACUGAAGUUUUUGCAGCGGGUUUACCAGGAGUUCCAGAUAAUAUGAAAGUGUUGCCCGACGGCUCCGGUGUUCUUGUGUCAUUGUACGUCGCCUUCGAAGAUGAAUAUCCAGUCCUUAGUCGGACACUCGCCGAGACACCGUUAGCAAGGAAAUUCUUAGCGCGUCUUAUUAGAAUUAUAGAAAUACCUUUCGAAUUUCUUAACGAGCAAUAUCCACAUGUCAUAUUUGAGGAAAUUGUAUACAAGAUUGGACAUUUCUCCAGUUUAUCUGGUAUUUUACCACCAAUGUCUGGUAUAUUGCAACUAAACUGGGACGGCGAAAUAGUUGCAUCGUAUUUUAAUACAGACAAAAGUAUCGGUAGAGUUAGUGACGCUAUUGUAUAUAACGAUAAGUUGUACAUAGGAAGCCCACAUUCAUCGUAUAUUGGAUCCGUUGCAGUUCCACCAUUUAUAAAGAAUGCCUUUUCUAAGACUCGAGCAGGUGUGGAUAAUAACGCGGAAGUAAAAAAGACACAACCCAAAGUUGAAUCGGCACCUACUGCUAAAAUAGUUCAGAAAUCAGAAACUGAAAAGGUGAAAGUCGCUGAAAAGAUAGAUAUACCUAAACCUCCAGUACAAAAAACUAAAGAACCUGUACCUGUGCAAAAGCCAUUAGAAAAACAACCAAACAUCGGUAAUCAACAGAUAAAAAAAGAAUCAAGUAAAACAGAAAAAGAUGACGUAAAAGUAAAUAAACAAGAAACUGUGACGAAACCUAAGCCUGUUGAACCAAAACCAAUCAAACAAGAAACUGCAAGUACGCCUAAACCAGUUGAGACUAAACCUAUUAAAGAAGAAACAAAACCUAAAAAAGUCGAAACUAAACCUAUUAAAGAAGAAUCUAAACCCAAAAUAGUAGAAACAAAACCCAAGAAGGAAACUGACGACAAACCUGAACGAGUUGAAAGUAAACCAAUUCAACAAGAAAGUGUAACAAAGCCAAAAACUGUUAAAAAAGAAUCAAUUAACCAAGAGUCUAAAACUGUUCCUGUGGAACCGAAAAGUGCACCUAAAAAACAGACUGUGCCGCCGAAAGGAACGGAAAAUGUUAAUACUAAAACAGAACCAAAAACAGGGCAUAGCAAAGAGACACCUAGUAAAAUACCUAAAACAGAUGCUAAACAAAAUGUUGUGCAACAAGAACCAGUCAAGGCAGCUAAAGUCGAGAAACCUGAGGGUAAAAAACAACCAUCACAGUCUACGGACAAAGAUAAAAUAAAAGUUGUGACUCCAAAUGGACCCAAAAAACCUGUCCCAGAUCAAAUUCCAGUAAAAGAAGAAAUCCCGUCCGAUAGAGUCCAGCCUCCUAAGGAACCAUUGAAAGUAAUAAAAAAGACUGGACCAGUAGAAAUCCCUAAUCCUAUCUAAAAUAAGGUUGUGGAACAUUUGUUAAUUCUAGGUUAUAACGGGAUUUGAGGUUAUGACACCAAGAGAAAUAUUUAUUUAAGAAAAUAAUCACUAUAUCUUUUUAAUUAUAACAAACUAAUAUGGUACAAAGAUAUCAUUAAAAGUAAAUUGAGUCAAUUAGAUCAUUCCAGAUCACAUUCCUAAAAAUUAUGUUUUGAAAAAUUUAUCUAAAUUAAGUACAAUAUAUUAGAAUUUACAAAGAACAUUGAUGUUCUCAUAUUAGUUUUGGAUCUCAGAGAUUUUGGCUAUAAAAUAUUAAAGUAUUAAACAAUGAGGCUGAACAGUGUGUUGGAUAAGUUAUGAAAUUUUUUGAAUAAACAUUUUUUCGAAUCAAGCAAGAUCAAACAUAUAGUUUAUAUAUUUACAGGUUACCAUAAAAAAGUGCAAUAAAACGUAUGUAAAUAUUGCAAACAUUCUUCCUCAUAUUGUUUUAUUAAUCUCGUGUUUUUAUACAUUUUUCUACGUGUUUUUUAAACUUACGUUGUUUUUUUUUUAUUUUGUUUAAAGUUGUAAAUGUAAAAAUAACGCACAUUAUUUUUGAAUAUUUUUUUGUAUUGAAAAUAAAAUUAUUUAUA